GUUGGCAAAUCUGAAAAAAUGUAGACCUGGACAGCGACGGAAAGCUGCUCUCGGGCUGUAGCCCAUAAUAAACAUUUUAGCUUUUAACGAUGUGGCAUUUGGAGCGUCUGGGCUUAAGAUCGAGCCCGCCACAGCUCCUGGUGCUUGUUUACACGUAUUUCUGCGCGCUGGGAGAUUGCCUUUUUGUGACUGAUUACUUCACCCGAACGCCUCGUAAGCUGAAUGCUUUCAACUCCUUCGCCAGCGUGGAGCUCUUCCACUUCCACGUGCCGGAAGACACGGUCAUGGCCGUCUGGAACCUCAUCACCUUCAAAGAGCAGGGAGGAACCUUCGGGGACAGCUGCCCCGACCACAACGUGACUGUGUACUUCAGGGCGGGGGCUCCUCCUGUGAUCAACCCCCUCCACACCCACUUCCCGCGGGACACGGUGGUCCCGGGGUCCUUCGCUGUCACCCUGACGUGGACCCUCCCCAACCGCACCACGGGGGCGUUCAACGUGACCAGCCCGCUCCCGGGGGACUGGUUCCUGGCCGCCCACCUGCCCAAGGAUGAGGGCAAGAUCUCCGUCAAGGGUCUGUACGAGGAAUGCCAGUAUCUCUUUCAACCCCAGCUCAUCGUCCAAAGACUCAUUGGGAUUGCGGUGCUCUAUCCAGGAUACUUUAUCGACCAGAUGAUCCCCGUUCACAACAGAUCUGCACUUUAUAAAGUGUUUAUCCCAAGCUACGUCUCGAGGGUGAAGGUCCAGCUGGUGAACUGCAGCACCAAGAACAAGAGCGGCGACAGCUGCCCCGUGGUGCUGAAGAUCCGGGCCCGGGCGCCGCCCGUCCACAACUCCAGCGCCCUGGACUGCAGGGAGUGGAGUCCCUGCGAGCUGGACUCCCCGCUGCCAGCCUGGGGCCAGUGGUACUACGUCCUGGUGGAGCGAUACCUGAGCGACGCCGACGUCUACUUCCGCAUCGGGGUGCGGGUCACAGAUUGCUCCAAACCCAACUUAUCCCGGGACCACGCGUCGCCCAGCUCGGCCCUGAACAUGCCGCAGUCCUUCGGCAUGGCCAUGGGCUUCUCCCUGUCGGAGACGCUCCCGAUGGCCGACCUGCCGGCGCUGUCCGGGAACGCCAGCCGGCUCGGCGCCUCCGAGGACCCCGUGGUCUACCUGUCCCCCAGCUCGGACCCGGAGAUGUGCUGGCCCGUCCGGCCGACGCUGCGCAACGAGCUGGACACCUUCUCCGUGCACUUCUACGUCUUCUUCGGCCCCAACAUCUCCGUCCCACCGGACCGGGCCGCCGUCUUCGCCAUCAACCUGAUGCCCGUGCUGGACAGCGGCGGCGUGCUCAACAUGGAGAUCAAGCUCAACAUGUCCACAGUAAAAGGAGCAAACAUCACCGUGUUCGGGUGCCUGAACCACGGCAUGCCACUCUUCAUGCGCGAGAACUCUUCCAUCAAAUGUGAAUCAGAGUCGGCAGCGGGUUUCCUACUCACGGUCAACGCGUCGUCCAACAUCACCAAACUGAGGAUCCCCUACCCCCAGACGGGAACCUGGUACCUCAGCCUGCGGUCGCUGUGCGGUACAGAACACGGGUUUGAAGCAUGCCCCAACGUGACAGCCGAGGUGUACCUGCGCUCCUACCUGACGCCCUGCAUCAACGACUGCGGGACGUACGGACAAUGCAAGCUGCUGCGGACAAACAACUACCUUUACGCCGCGUGUGAAUGCAAAGCGGGCUGGGACGGCUGGGGAUGCACGGACAACUCGGGGGCCUACUCCUACAGCUUCCAGCUCCUCUCCACACUGCUGCUGUGUCUCAGCAACCUGAUGUUCGUUCCUCCGGUGUUUAUCGCCAUUCGCAGCCACUACCUCCUUGAGGCGUCCGUUUACAUCUUCACCAUGUUCUUCUCUACCUUCUACCACGCCUGUGACCAGCCGGGCAUCGUGGUCUUCUGCAUCAUGGAGUACGAUGUCCUGCAGUUCUGUGACUUCCUGGGCUCGCUGAUGUCCGUCUGGGUCACGGUGAUCGCCAUGGCCAGACUGAAGUCCAUCAUCAAACAGGUGCUCUACUUGCUGGGAGCGAUGUCUCUUUCCAUGGCUCUUCAGCUGGACCGACACGGCCUGUGGAACCUGCUGGGACCCAGUCUGUUCGCCCUGGGGAUCAUGGCAGUAGCAUGGACGGUGCGCACCGUCCGCCGCCGGCGCUGCUACCCGCCCACCUGGAAGCGCUGGGCCUUCUUCCUGUUCCCCGGCGCCAUGAUCGCCACGUCGGCCGUGGCGCUGUACGCCUUCGUGGAGACGGAGGAGAACUACUUCUACAUCCACAGCAUCUGGCACAUGCUGAUCGCCGGCAGCGUGGGCUUCCUGCUGCCGCCGCGCGCCAAGCCCGACGCCAGCGUCACGCCGCUGAAGCACCGCCGGCGCGGCUGCGGCUACCAGCUGUGUGUCAACGAGCACGAGGAGAUGGGCCUGGUCGACCCUGCCGCCAUCAUCUCCAUCAACAGCAUCUGCACCAGCUGAUGCCCUCCGCACUGGGGCGGCCUCAUCAUCUUCGUCGUCGUCGUCGUCCUCCUCCUCUGUCACCGACCGACCCCCCACCCCCCCCCCCCCCCCUCCCACACACACACAACCCCUACAACCACUUCCAAGCCUUCUACUGUACCUGAGAGACACACUUCAUUGCCUUCUUUUACUUGGGGAGUUCACACACGGGAAAACAAGCCACAGAACUUGAAACAAGCAAUGUACAUAUUUUUCUGCGCAGAUCGCGGCACACUGUAUUUUUUUUCUUUUUUCUUUUUUUUUUUUUUUCUUUCUUUUCGGUGUUGUUGUUGCCAUGGUAAUUAUUAUUGACCCACUUGUAAUUAUUAUAUUUACUACGGGGAUGUUGAAAUUGUUCUCAUGAAUUUUGUGGAUGUACAGUGGCACACUGUGUUUGUGAAUAUGUAUUUAAAGUCAGAGCUGGACCACUGCUGCUACUUGACGGUGACUGUACUACUGCUUAUGUUGAGUAUUUAUUGAGGCCCACUAAAAAGGGCCGGUUACUUUAGUGUUUAGGGGGGGGGGGGGGGGGGGGGGCGCGGGCGUAGUGGUAUGAUUAAUAAAGAACACGGCUUUUAACAACCUUCUUUUGGAAUAUAUCUUUUGCACUGAGAAACAAAACAAACAAAAAAAGGAUUCUGUAACUUUUCUAAUAUCUAGUAUGUAAUAUUAAAUAUGGAACAAUUGGCAUCCCUGCGUUUCAAAAAUGUAAAAAAUGUAGUUGUCAUGUGGAAUGUUAGAAUGUCUUCUUUUUGGGGUUCUGUUGCCAUUUCUAUUUAUCGCUUUGACACGAAUGUGCUGAUUGUUCUGUCGCGGGAACAUUUCCAAAAAUCCAGCUCCCGUUGGGAAGUGAGUGGGCGCCACACUGGAUUCCCGCCACACUUUCUUCGAGACCUCAUGCAAAAGAACUCACUGCACCCGUCCCUUUUUACCAGAACCUGUUUAACACUGGAUUCAUAAACAAUAAACGUGUCUUUUUCUUUA